UAUCUGAGUCUUCGGUGCAUCAUUGGUGAUGAAAUUGAUGGUGUUCCUGGAAUUCAGCGUGUCGCUCCGGGGUUUGGUCGCAAGACAGCCCUGAAGCUAUUAAAAAAACAUGGUUCUCUUGCGAAUUUACUUGGUGCUGCUGCAGUCAGAACAGUGGGAAAACAGUAUGUACAAGAUGCUCUGACUAAGCAUGCUGAUUAUCUUUGGAGAAAUUUUGAAGUGCUUAGCUUGAGGAGGAAUGCUGAAGUUCACCUUAAGGAUGAGUGGCUAUUGGAGAGAGAUUCUUGCAAUGAUUCUACUGUCUUAUCAAGCUUUAUGAAGUGUUUUAUUUAAAGGAAAAAAGGUUCGAUGGAAGGUAUCCAUUAUGUUUUUGUAGAUGAACUCAUAACCUUCACAUUAGUAAGGCUUUUGGAAUUAUUAAAAUGCCUGAUGCUGUUGUAUCCAACUUUAAUAUUAUUUUCUUUCCUUUCAUUUGGCAUUUUAAGUACAUAAAAUGCAAAGAUCAAUAAUUUGUAUUAGGUGGUUAGUUGGUCUUCAGUUACCCUUGGAGGCUCCAUUGCAAAAGGUGAUCAGGUUUGCAUGUUCUUCUCGUAAUUGGUUAUUUGGUUGGUUUGGAGAAUUUCCUAAUCUAAAUAUGACCAAAGACUUUUGUUAACUUACAUGAGCAUGUCUUAUUGUCUGAUUUAAAUUAGAUACCGUUCAUAAUUUAUUUUGGUCAUUUGAGAUAAACUUUUGAGUUGAGGAGACUAGGUUGGCAAUAAACUCACGGCCAAAGGGAAGAGAGAGAAGCUUCACAAAUCAAGGAAGGAUUUGGAAAGAGAGUUUGAAGAUUUUGGGUGCAAAGAUUGGAGAUGGUAGUAGGUGGCCGGUCAUCUAUGGAUGACCGGGACACCAAAUCCAUUUUAUCUACCGCGAGUCCAAUUAUGUUGGAUUCAAAAGGUAGAUUCUCCUUCAAACGCAUCUCCCCGCACAAUCUUCGACUUUUAGAAACUCCUCUUGUUAUCAAAGAGGGAGGACUUUUGGCUAAACACAAGCCAUUGUCGGAUUCUUGUAAAUGGAAAGAGGUAAUUUUGGUUUCUAACAAGCUACCUAAAUUUUCCUCACCGGUUUCUCUUGUUGGAGCUAAUGACAGAUGGUCUCCUAACUUCUCUCCUAAUUCAUUAGAAGGUGUUUCGGCUCCGAUCCGGGUUCGUCUUCCUCACCUUCCACUACACUGUUGGGAUGAGUCCAAUAUCACUAAAAUUGUGUCUAGAAUUGGGACUCCAUUACUUUUAGAUGGUAAUAUGUUUAGGUGGGGAAGGAGAGAAUUUGCUAGAGCAUGUAUUCGAGUUAAUUUGAACUCAAAACUCCCAUCUGGAAUAUGGGUUGAAGGGUUGCAUGGAAGAUUUUUUCAAAAGUUUGAAUACAAAAAUCUUUCAUCACUUUGUUUCAAAUGUGGGAUGAUAGGGCAUAUUGAAUCAGUUUGUCCUAAUGUUUAAGAUAUCCCUUCCAUCUCAAAUCAUAUUGAAAAUCCUUAUGGUCAUUGGAUGCAAGUUAAGUUCAAAACAAGAAGAAAUCAACAAGUAAUCUUUUGAAAGCCAAGGUUUUUUCAGCAGCAGAAAAAUCAGGAACGGAUGGUAGAAGAGAAGAUACGGUCCAGGAUGAAGUACAAACAAUGGCAGAUGGAAACAAGCUCAAUCUUAUGUCCGAUCCAGUGGUAAUUGCAGGUUCCAAAAGCCAACUUGAAGAAACAGCUGGAUUCAAGGAAGGAGAUGAAGGGGCGGUUAACCAGAAUUUGAAUUUCAAAUUGGACCAGCAAGCUUCUCGGAAUUCAGUUUGUUUAUCUAAUUCAUUUAAUGCAUUAGCUGAUGUGGAUAAUGUGGUGGCUGAUGUGUUAAAUGAAACCAGUAAAAUAGGAACCGUAGUUUCUGAAAAUCUAGACUCUCAAAUUUCAGAUUUUGAAAGUUCAAAAAAACUGUUUCAACCAGAAAUUUCGGUUUCCACAAAAGCUGUUCAAUUUUCAAAUGAUACUUUGAUUAAUCCAAAGGUGGUUGAGAAUCAAGUUCCGGCUUUCUCUACAACGUACUCAGCUAUCAAAUUCAAAAUUCCACAAACUUUGGAGGAGGAAAAGGAGGCUGAAUCGGCUUUGUCUCAUUCAACUACUCAAGGAGCUGAAGUUUCUCCCUCAACAACUUUGACGGCUGCUCCUCAUUUAAAUGAUGCUGAAGUUUUGGGGACUCACAAAACAGAAUCUGAACCAUCAACAACUUUGGUGGCUGAUGAUAAUGUAAAUGUUAAUAACACUCAUACUACAAUCCAUGAUUCUUCUUCUCCUCCAUCAGCUAUUAGUUUGAAUUUCAAAAAAAGAGCUGCUAAGACUGGAAAUACUGGUGCCACCAUCCACUUUGGUGGACUUGAAUUCUCAGCAGCUAUUGCAAAGGCUGCAGCUGUCCCUGUGUACGGCAUAAAUUCUGAAGAACCUUCUGAAAGGUCUUAUUCUGCAAGGACUACUGCCAGAAGUGCUGCUCAAGGAAGAAUUUCUGUCUUUGAAAGGCUUUCCCAACCUGAGAUCCUUACUGCAAAAAGGGUUGUUGAUGGAAGAAAAAUCUCAAUGUGGAGACGUCGCUCAGAGAUUUGGGUACAAGAAGAUGAAGAUGAUGUUGGUGAUGAAGACACUAUGGAGAUCGAGGUGGUUCAUAUGGUCAGCCACAUUGAUGAGGAAGAUGAUGAUGGUGAUGAAGAUGACCAGCAAUCACAGCCCCGUACACGUGUUUAUCGUCAUCACCACAGGACUCGAUCCAUUGCCAGCCGAAGUGCUCGCUCCUCAGAAGAAGGAGAAGAAGAGGAAGAAGUUUGA